GCCGCUCAGGUGACAGAAAAAAGAGAACACUCUCAGGUAGAGAAAUAAAGAGAGAAGGGACAGAGAGAGGGGGGAGGGCAGCAUGUAGGGAUACCAAGGAGGAGGGGGAGAAAGAGGCGAAGUCGUCUGUAAACAAAUGAACUGAGGCUGAAGUGAGACACACCUGGAGUCAAGUAAAAGCUGCUGGAGGUUGGACUGAAAACUGAAAUAGUCAGACAGAGCUCUGCGUUGCCGGGAUAUAUUCUUCACAACACUGCAACAAUGGCAAGGAAAAGAUAAUGGAAGAAACGCAUAAAAAUGGAGGCAUGUGAAAAGGGCAACAUCACAUGUUGAGAAAGACUGACAGAGAGAAGCUCACAGACAACAGAGAAGAGUGACGAGAGAGACCAGGAGCGAAAGCAAAACAAGCUCCACAGAAAAGAGUGCGGAGCACUUCUCAAAGGUCUGCGAGGAUCCAGCAGCUUCAGAGAUCUUCCCUCCACCUCUACAUCAUGGCCUCUAUGGGCAUGCAGAUGCUGGCCAGCUCCUUGUGCCUCCUGGGUUGGGCAGGGGUCAUCAUCAGCUGCAUACUGCCCAUGUGGCGGGUCACGGCCUUUGUGGGCAGCACCAUUGUCACCUCCCAGACCAUCUGGGAGGGCAUCUGGAUGACCUGCGUGGUCCAGAGCACAGGGCAGAUCCAAUGUAAACCUUACGAGUCUCUCCUUGCUCUCAGCACCGACCUGCAGGCCGCCAGGGCUCUCACUGUCCUCGCCAUCACUACGGGAGGUGUGGGCCUCAUUCUGGCCUUCAUUGGCGGGAAGUGCACUCGAUUUUUGGAUGAUGAAGGAGGCGGCGUUAAGGGCAAAGUGGCUGUUGCAGCAGGGGCUGUGCUGAUCGUCACAGGGCUGCUGUGUUUGAUUCCCACGUCGUGGGCAGCCGGAGCCGUUGUGAGGAAGUUCUACAGCGCCUCCAUUGAUGCUCAGCGGAGGGAGCUUGGAGCUUGUCUCUACAUCGGCUGGGGAGCAUCCAUCCUGCUUAUUCUGGGAGGGGGGUUGUUCAUCAGCUCAGCAUGCCCCCUCAAAGCCCACGACGCGGACAAGAGUCCCUCUGUCCGCUACCUUGUGGUCCGCUCCUCCAAUGGGAACAGCCAGGCAGGUUCUCAUCGCAGCAGAGUACCACCAGCAAAGUCUCAGCCUGUUGGAGCGGUGUUUCCUAGGUCUCAGAGCUACGAGGGCGCAUCAACAAAGUCUCAGCUGUACACAAGGCCUCCCUGGGAGGACGGGCCUGAGAACACCUCGAAGCAGGGGUCAGAAGGUUCAUGGGCACCGUCAACAAAGUCUCAGAUGAAAAGGCCAGAGUCGACAAAAUCUGAACACAGCGAGGCGCCGUCUACAAAGUCUCAGCUGAAACUAGCAGAAACGAAGGAGAACCUAUCAGCUGCGAGCGAAAAUGAGGACGCAUCCUCUAAUCCAGCGAGAACAUACCUGUAAUAUGGACACACACACACACACAGAAACACAACAAGUUAUUUAGAUGUAGUAGUUUACUUAUUUUGUGACUGUUUACUGAUGAAAAGUAGUUCGUGAGGUCGGCAUUGUUGUCCUCUUUCUCGUCCGUCAUGUUGUUUUGAUCAGAGGACAGAAGGGAAAACGGUCUGGCCUGCAUUCAUCAGCUUGAAUAUGUUAUGUGCACUAAAACUGAACUCAGAACCAAAUACAGAAGCGAACUAAAUCCAGGUGCAAGUGAAGUAUGCCAUCAAUGUCUUCUUCUUCAAAAUCAACCUUUUCAAGAUAAACAUCAUUAGCAUUAAUUUUCACAUGUUUAAUUUGACAUGUGACAUAUGACCGUUGCAGUGAAUGAGGAUGAAUCCGUCCACAUGAAGAAUUUUACCUCAGACUUUUAAGCUUGUUUGUUAUACAGCACCCUGAAUGCAACAUGAGUAAUGAAGAAGCUUGAAGCAGGGACAUAUUUUAGCCUAUUUUCCAUCAUUGCUGUAAAUUGAUCGACUUGUUGCAAACAAAAGUUACAUUUUUUUGUGUUACGUCAGCUAAAAAACUGUUAUUGUCAGCAGGGCUUUCUGUGAAGAUGCAGAUUUUGCUUUUUGUCACAACUGUGAAAUGUAGUUUUAUGUGUAUGUUAUUUGGACAGAUAAUAUUAACAGAUAUUUUUGUGUUUACCUUUCAAUGACUGCAUUUUCAUCAAGCAAGUCAUAGCCUUUGUUUCACUUAUCUAAAUGUUUUAAACGUGCUGAAAAGAGCCAUUCCUUUCAUGUUUACAGCAUCCCCCUGGACUUUCAGCUCUCUUCCUGGCAAUUUAAAUCCACAAGACAAACUGGUUUGACAGAGAGUGAGGUUACAGCUGCAGUGUGCAAUGUGCUUGUGGAGGAUUCAAAUUUUCUUUUAGUGAAUCAUGUUUAUGGAACAUUUGUCGUUUUGUUUUUUUCUUAUUCAAAUGUGUAGUUGCAUCAUUAUCUGCUCAUAAUCAAAUGCCGCCAAUUCAAAAUGCAAAAUAGUUUUACUUAAGAGAAGACCUUGUGUUAUGGACAGUACGAAAACAUAUAUGUGAGGAAGAAACUGAAGAAAUUUGCAUGAGUAAUGAGCUAAUACAGAAAGAAAACAAUGAAGGAAGCCCAAAAAUAUGAACUUUUUGGAGAAAGCCCUCUCAGGUUUGUUUCACUUCUCCAUAAUGACUUCACAACACAGGCUGGAGACAUUUGUUUUCAGGAAAACAUAGCAGGUAUUAUCACUGGAUAAAUGCUGCCUUGUUUUGAGUGAUCCUAUAAACUCUCCACAGCAUCACAAGGUGUGCUAGAAGAUCUAGUUUAACCUGUUAAUAUUCAGUAGCUUCAAGGAUGUUAGAAUAAUCUUAUUAACAAGCUUAUGUAUUGUGUUUCAAGUGUAACAUUCAAAUGCAAUACUCCAUGUUUUUUAAUGGCUGCAAUAUUCUGUCAAAUAGAAAUAUUCUUGAUAUUCUCUCUAAAAUUCUGCCUGACAUCUUUGGUAUUGUUGGUAUGUGGAUCUGAAAUAAAGUUCUGAGGGUUU